AUGCUGUUAACCGUGCUGGCCACUGAUGCCACCAGCUUUCACCAGGAUGCCCGGGGCCUCUUCAACGAGCUGCAGCGCCUGGUGCACAAGGAUCUCACGGACCAGGAGCAGGUGGAUGCGCAGCUGAAGAGGGUGCUAGCAGAAGUGGAGGAGAAGAAGGAAGAGCUCAGAGCGAAAGCAACAGAGCAGGGAGACUCAGAGAAGCCUCUCAUCCUCAUCUGCAAGCCAGCAGCUCUCGGGGACUUGAUGCACUCUCUGGUUCAGCAGACCGAGUAUCAGAACUUCAGCGCAUCCAUGCGCUUCCGCGUGGAACAGGACCGCAUGAUGAAGAUGCUCCUUGCAGGGCUCGAGGCCGAAACUCCACAAGGCGCGCUGCCAGCUCCGGCUGCGGGUGACCUGGAGGUGGUGGACGUGGAGGCUGAACAAAGAGCUCCCCCACCUCCGGCGAUCGGAACCAUGACUGUGACAGUUCCUGAAGGCUGUGAGGCCGGAUCGCAGCUAAGCUUGACGGCCCCUGAUGGGCAGCAGCUCUCCGUGACGGUGCCCGGUGGUUUGGCCCCAGGAAUGUCCUUCGAGGUUCCAUGCCGCUCGGGAGGCUACGGAGGCGGCUAUACGGCCCCCGCAGUUCCUGCUCCAGGCUAUGCAAAAUCACAGUGA